CCAACUCCGAGCAGUAUGGACCGGAGAAGUGAGAGUCCCUGUCUGAGGGAGAGCCCAGACAGAGGGAGCGGGAGCCCCGAAGUCAAAGGUCCUCCGCCGGUGAAGGUGGCCCGGCUGGAACAGAACGGCAGCCCCGUGGGAGCCCGAGGGAGGCCCAACGGCUCAGUCACCAAAUCAGUGGGAGGUUUGAUGAUUCCUGUUUUUUGUGUGGUGGAGCAGCUGGACAAUUCUCUUGAAUAUGAUAACCGAGAAGAACACGCGGAGUUUGUUCUGGUUCGGAAAGAUGUGCUUUUUAGUCAACUGGUGGAGACUGCACUGUUGGCUCUCGGAUAUUCUCACAGUUCUGCAGCUCAGGCACAAGGUAUAAUCAAACUCGGGAGAUGGAAUCCUCUUCCCCUCAGUUAUGUGACAGAUGCACCUGAUGCGACAGUUGCCGACAUGUUACAAGAUGUCUAUCAUGUUGUGACACUGAAAAUUCAAUUACAAAGUUGUUCAAAGUUGGAAGACCUGCCGGCAGAGCAGUGGAAUCACGCCACAGUCCGCAACGCCUUAAAGGAGCUGCUUAAAGCAAUGAACCAGAGCACAUUAGCCAAAGAAUGCCCCCUCUCUCAGAGUAUGAUAUCCUCCAUUGUGAACAGCACCUACUAUGCCAAUGUGUCAGCGACCAAGUGCCAGGAGUUUGGGAGAUGGUAUAAAAAGUACAAGAAGAUUAAAGUGGAAAGAGUUGAAAGAGACAACCUGUCAGAAUAUUGUGUUCUGGGUCAACGUCCCAUGCACUUACCAAAUAUCAACCAACUGGCAACCUUGGGCAAAACAAAUGAACAGUCUCCUCACGGCCCAAUUCACCACAGUACUCCAAUCAGAAACCAAGUGCCAACAUUGCAGCCAAUCAUGAGUCCCGGUCUUCUUUCACCUCAACUCAGUCCACAGCUUGUUAGGCAGCAGAUAGCAAUGGCUCACCUGAUUAACCAGCAGAUUGCAGUAAGCCGACUACUGGCUCAUCAGCACCCACAAGCUAUUAACCAACAGUUUCUAAAUCAUCCACCCAUCCCUAGAACCAUCAAGCCAGAGCCAACAAACUCCUCAGUGGAAGUCUCUCCGGAUAUCUACCAGCAAGUCAGAGAUGAGUUGAAGAGAGCCAGUGUGUCCCAAGCUGUAUUCGCAAGAGUGGCUUUCAAUCGCACCCAGGGAUUGCUAUCAGAGAUCCUGCGAAAAGAAGAAGACCCUAGAACAGCCUCCCAGUCCCUCCUGGUAAACCUGAGGGCAAUGCAGAAUUUCCUCAACCUGCCUGAGACAGAACGAGAUCGUAUAUAUCAGGAUGAGAGAGAGAGGAGUAUGAACUCCAGUGUGAGCAUGGUGUCUUCGGCCGCCAGCAGUCCAAGUUCCUCCAGAACCCCCCAGGCCAAAACCUCGACACCGACAACAGACCUCCCCAUUAAGGUGGAAGGAGCCAACAUCAACAUCACAGCUGCCAUUUAUGACGAGAUCCAGCAGGAGAUGAAAAGGGCCAAGGUGUCUCAGGCUCUGUUUGCCAAAGUGGCGGCCAACAAAAGUCAGGGUUGGCUAUGUGAGCUGCUCCGCUGGAAAGAAAACCCAAGUCCCGAAAACCGCACGCUUUGGGAAAACCUCUGCACCAUUCGGCGAUUCCUGAACCUCCCCCAGCACGAACGGGACGUAAUCUACGAAGAGGAGUCCAGGCACCACCACAACGAGCGGAUGCAGCACGUUGUCCAGCUCACCCCGGAGCCUGUGCAGGUCCUUCAUAGACAGCAAUCGCAGCCUGCCAAGGAGAACUCGCCUCCGAGAGAAGAAGCCCCACCCCCACCUCCAGAGGACACGUGCACCAAAAAAACGAGAUCCCGUACUAAGAUUUCUCUGGAGGCCUUGGGCAUCCUUCAGAGUUUCAUCCAUGAUGUUGGUCUCUAUCCAGACCAGGAGGCCAUCCACACUUUAUCUGCUCAGUUGGAUCUGCCUAAACACACCAUCAUCAAAUUCUUCCAGAACCAGCGUUACCAUGUAAAACAUCACGGGAAGCUAAAAGAGCAUUUGGGGACUGUGGUGGAUGUGGCAGAAUACAAAGAUGAGGAGCUUCUGACUGAGUCAGAAGAGAAUGACAGUGAGGAAGGCUCCGAGGAGAUGUACAAGGUGGAAACGGAAGAAGAGAACCCCGACAAAAGCAAGGCAGCGACUUCAGAAACUGACCAGAGAUAAUGUGAA